AUGUCCGAGCUAGAGUAUGAUGCUUUCAGUGAUCUUGCGGUCACUGCUGCCUUUGCUCAGUCUGUCUCUGCUUCACUGGCAUUGCCGCCCGUGACAGCUAACAAGGGCCAGACUUACCUGUCCAAAUGCAGGAAUCUGGACACUGAGCUCGAACCUUUGAUAAGGGAGGUUAACUUGUCCUCCAAUCCAAUCCCAGUCGACAACCUACGCGAACCAGGAAUGGCCCAUGGCGCUCUCGCUGCCUUAGGUCAACCCGUCAUUGACAAGACCGGAGCGGACAUAGGCUCUCUGUAUCAAGGAUCUCAACGAAAGCUGUCUGUUUAA